GGCCCCCUGGCCAAGCGCUCCUUGACGGUUAACUGACCGGGCUUCCCUAAUGAUCUGCAAAUUAGCGGGUGGCCUGGCAGACCAGCCCCUCGCACGACGCCCCCGCCAAGGUCCUGUCCUUCAAAGCGGCGCCUCCCAGCCCAGGUGAAACCGUGUGCGGAGGGGAAGUGGGCGUGUCUCGUCCCCGCUCCCGGGGAGUCACGCCUGGGAGCCCGGAGGAUACCUGGGGCUCGGUGUGGCCGCUGGUGCCCUGAGGGGGUCGGCCGGAGAAGGCGGCGCACGAGAGGGGGCUAAUCAGCUGGAAACGGAGCAGCUUUCCCUGGUCCGCCGGGAUCGAGCGCCGAGCCAGGAUGAAAGCAGCAGCCGCGGCGGCGGCACAUGUGGCGGAGUGAAACCUACCAGCGCCCCGCAGGGCGAGCGAGGGAAGGGAGCGCACAGCCGCAGAGGAGAUCCGCCAGACCACGGCACCGCACCCCGGCGGGCUGGGCGGACCCCGGCGCUCCGGCGGGAGGGAGACCCGGCCGGGCGGCCCCCUGACCUCUCCGGACCGGAGCCCGCGGACCCUGCAACCAGCUGUUGACGGACCGGCAAGCGCAGAGGGAGGGCGGCUGCCUGGGGACCGACCGGCUCCCGCCGCCAGGCUGCUCCCCGAGCCGGAUCGGCCAAGCAGACGGGGCCGGGGGCGGCUGGGACAUCGCCCUGGUGACCUUGCUGGCAUGCGGGCGCCUGUGCAUCCUCCCUCCAGCCAGCCGCGUCGGGGGGCUCUCAGCCCGGGGCCACACAGGCCAGGGGCUGGGCAGGCGGAUCCAUAGCCCCCGAAGUGGGACCCCCCCGGGGGCAGGGGAGAAGCGAGCGCCUGGCUGGAUGCACACACGCCCCGAGGGAGGCGGCCGUGGCUGGACCCGGGGCAGCCGAGCCGGAGGAGCCGGGCUAGGUUCUCCUUCUCCCGCGAGGAGCCGGGCGCCUGAUGUUCGCCGACCUCCGAGCCAAGCUCAGCCCCCCGCGAGGCCGAGAUGGGGCUCUGAAAAUGAGCUGCGGCGACCCGAAAGAGAUGGAAGCCGCUGCCACGCACUUCAGCUUCUGCCGGAACCUCCUGGAGCACACGGUAUCGGCCGAAAACCUCAACUACCGUCUGCAGCGGAACACAGGCAGCAGCCUCACCUGGCAUGACGGGCGGAGUCAGAGGUCAGCAGGUGGCAGGACCGUCAAGCUCCUACAGCAGCCGGGAACCGAAGGCUCACAGGGUCGUCCCUGUGAUCACUAUGGCAAUUACCAUACCAGCCCCACGCUAGGCAGCCUUACCAAGCCGGUGGUGUUAUGGACCCAACAGGAUGUGUGCAGAUGGCUAAAGAAACACUGUCCCCAUAACUAUCUCAUCUAUGUGGAGGCCUUUUCCCAUCACGCUAUCACAGGUCGGGCCCUGUUGCGGCUGAACGCGGAGAAGCUGCAGCGCAUGGGCAUUAUUCACGAGUCUCAGCGGCAGGAGGUCCUUCAGCAAGUGCUGCAACUCCAGGUGCGAGAGGAGGUGCGGAACCUACAGCUGCUCAGCCAAGCUUCUUUUGGAAACGUCUCCUAGCCAAGCCAUCUGCUUGGCAGAUUGUUCCAACACUGUGAACCGAGCACCUCUGGGAUGGACUGUGGACCAAAGAUAGGAAAACCUGAAUCGCAUGCUUGGAAUAUAACAGACAGUUUCCAAACCACUCAAUGGUCUUCUCUCCCACCCUCUCUCUUUCUCUCUCUCUCUUUUAUUAAUAUUUUCCUGUGCAGAGAUCAGACAUUUGCUCCAGCAGACAUGAUUGACAAUUAGAGGCAAACUAGGAAAAUGGUCACCAGACAUGUGAUAUGCUCCCCUCUGGGAUCCAGUCAACCACAGGGGGAAAGACCUCAAGAUGAAUGUGGUAGCUGGAGACAGUUCAUUUUAAGAAUGGAGUUGCAACACGGUCAUUCUUGGGACUAAUCAAAACCAUGCACCAUGAAACCUCAUGCGCCCCAAUAACAUGCUUUAACCAGGAGGGCCUCUGGGCCCAGUGCAGGCUGCAGAUGUCCUCAGACUCUACUGGUGUCAAUACCUUGGAGCUUACUGAUGAAGCUUUUGUUCUCUCUUCAGACUGGGCUGUCUUCCAGUGUCCUAGGAGAUAACGUUAGCAGCAGCAAAUAAGAUGACUGGACAAGCCAGAAAAACUAAAGGCAGAGCCAAGCCCCUGGAGAUUGGCUUUGCUUUGUGAAUUAAAACAAGAGCUGAGUCACUGAAGCCAGAACGCAUACCCAUAAAAGAGAAAAUGCAGGAGCCACACACUCAGUGAGGUCACCGUGACCUCUAGGAAGCAGCACCAGGAAACGUUCAUUGGGUUGUCCUUGUCCUCAUUUAUGGGCAUAUGGAGGAACCAUGAUUAGUUGGUUUGCUUCAUCCACCUUUGGCACCACCCACCUCUGUGACUGGUUUCUGCACUGCCGACACAGUCAGAGCUGAGGGAGAACAGGCAAUCCUCUUUGUAGAGCUCAGAAAUGCUGGCUGAGAGAAACUAUGCCGUGGCCAAAGGCCUCGCCCGACUGGUAGCCUACAAAAUGGCAAGCUCCUAAAAGCUCAUGAAGCUCACGCUGGCUGCAUUUAUAAUGCUGUGGCGCUUGCAGGGUAGUUUGGUUCAAUAGGAUGUGGUGGCGGGACUAGGCAGGAGACUGGCUUAAGGGCUGAGAAUCAAGGGUUCUUUGGUGCAAUAUUCCGUUGCUUUUGUGUCCUCUCGUACCCUUCAUUCAGAGAACUCCUUAUAAAACCUUCAUGUUUGUUUCUAUUUUUUCACCUGGUUCAUUUGCAUUUUGAGCUUUCACCCAGUGUCCUGUUCUGAAUUCUGAUUCUCCACCGCACACAAUAAUCCAGGUCUGAAGCCUGAACUGCUAUCCAGGAGUAUCCUGGCAUUGCUGCUGCUUGCCCUGGCUCAUGAAAUGCAGGUGCCUUUCUGGCCUCCGCGACAUGAUUAGUACCAGCCGCACUCCUUUCCACCAUUCCAUCUAGCCCCCUCCUUUCGCACCCCGCCCUGAUAACGCCUCUGGAACAGUUGGCUGAUAUGUCACAUUUCACAAACUGGCAGGCAGGGCUGUGAUUCUGGUGGUUUCUCCACAUCACGGAACUGCCACCCGACUGAGCAUACCCGGGGCCCUUCACUUAGAUCCAGACUGGAGCGUUACAACACUGGAGCGAGGACAUUGCUGCUGGAACUGCGGCAGGGCACCUUGUGUGGCUGCAGCUCACACUGCGCUGGGAUCCUGUCAGUCGCAUCUGUUCAUCAGCAACAACCUUCCGAAGGGAAAAGCCGCACUAUCCUCCACCUCAGGAACGGGAGCAGUCACGCCAGGUCAGAUGGCUCCAUUCUCCUUUACUCACGGCACAACGGGAAGAGGCUUGAUAGACACCCCAUAAUGGAGACUAACCUCCCCAAGGGGAUUUACUGGCAUACCUGUUUUAGGGACAUGAAACUCCUUGCAAUGGAUUUCACCGGAAGCCUUACAAGUUAUAAUGUCACUGCUGGUAUUUCCAGGCCUAAUCAAUCUCGAUUUCUUGCUAAUGAACUCAGAACAGUGCCGGGAUGGAUCAGAUGCCAUUCAGGACGAGAUUGAUAAUAUCAUUAAGAUUUCCUCAAAGGUCCUUUCUUUUUUACCUUGUUAAUUAAGCUGGUGCAGAGGAGUCCACCACGCAGAAUGCAUAAUGAGGCUUGGCCUGCCGAAGGGGGACCCUGCUGUUAAUGGGACACAGAAUGGUUUCAAACUCAUCAACCUGUCUGCGUGGCAGCGGUAACGGGCAAGCCUCGCCCGGGUGGCUGAAUGGAAUCGUUUUUUCACAGGGGUGCCGUGGAGCAGGAUCUGAGAGGGGAAGUGACUGUAUCUUUUGCUCUUUACGUAACACAGCAACGUGAAGCAGCCACAUGGCACAGAAUUGUAUUUACUAAACAAAUACAAACCUGGAAGGCCAGGUUAGAUACGCACUGUUCUCUGGCUGGUGUCUGAAGGCCUCUGAAACCAUAGAACAUGGUGAGCUCCACUGGAGGGCUCACAAGCUAUUUAAAACAAUACUACCCAUUCCUACUCAC